CGGUGUAGCGGUACCUAAUUACGCAUUCGAUAACAGAAUAACUUAGAGUCCGCACGUAUAUAUAGUACUGCUCCCGUUGACCUCUACUUAUUUCUAUUCGGUUCGGUGCCACUUCAUUGUCUAUAAAACAGAUUGAAAUAAAAAUGGGCUCUAAAGUCUAUUACGUUCUAAUGCUGGCUCUUUCAUUUUAUGUUGUGCAAUUGUGUGCGUUUCCGAGAAACAGUGUGGCGUUUGAAAAACAACAUGAAUCACUUCCACAUGCAGAUUAUAUCGUGACACAGAAGACAGAAUCACACGAAAAGACUACUGCAGAACCAAAACUGCCAGGACGAAUUUGGUGCCAAUAUGAAGAAGUAACAGAGGACGCUAUUUGUCAAGAGCACUGCAUACCCAAAGGAUAUUCAUACGGAUUAUGUAUCAGCAACACUUGUAGCUGUAUAUAAUAUAAAAUGACAGUUAAUAAAAAGAUAAUUCUAAAACAU